AUGACUGCCACCCACAUCCACGAGGCACCGACCGGCAAGUCAGGGCCCCCAGGGUUAAUCAAUCGCUCUCCCCAACCCCGGGGGCCAGGGGGCUGGAUGUGGGCUAGCUACGGCUGUGUCAAGGGACCCUUCCUCAUUGGGUUCAUGGCCAGCGGAGAGGACACUGGGGCGGGCUGCCACAUCCGGAAGAUUGAGAAGAACCCGGCGGCCUUUUUGGCCGACGUCCACUCGAGCAAGGCGGUUCCCGGGGCAGCCCGCGGGCAGCUUAGCAGGAAGUGA